AUGAGCCCUCCUUCUCCCCGGAAGAACGGCGGCGGUCAUCUUCCCAACCCAAAACAGAUUCGCUUCGUUUCAACCGAUGGACAACCGCAAACAAAACGGAGACGAGUAAACGCUGCAUGCCGCACAUGUCGCAAGCGCAAGAUACGGUGCUCCGGCGAGCAGCCAGUGUGCAAAACAUGCUCCGACUUCAAUCAUGAGUGCCUUGGUUAUAGCGAGCCCGCCACCAAUGUUCGAGCGCAAUCCGACACCGCUUCUCGUACUCCUGCGGCGACCCCAUCCCUAGCUACCCCGGUCGACUCGAAUACUCCGCGCGGGGUGCCAGAAGUUGAAAACCGGCUACCAGGCUCCCCUAAACCAAAUAUAUUGUCAACGGGCACAGACAGUAUUGGAAAAUCACCGGACGUGCCAAAAGCGUUAAAACCAGAAGAGUCGCCUCUGUUCGGGGAUGCAUCGGUUUGGGCAGCAAAGGAGAAUGAACAGCAGGCGGCAGGGGAAAGUCCAGAAAGCAAUCGGACUUCUGUCAGCUCCAACAGCCGUACACAUGUGCCCUACUUCAGAUAUUUUGGACCCACAGCCAUUGUUCCCGGAUUCAAGCAAAUGGUUGUCCAAGUACGGGGCUCACGGAAGAGUAAUGCAUCAUUGUCGUCAGACUCAGUCUCGUCUCUGCGGAGCCCAGAGCUCCAUGAUAGCGAAAUUCAUCAUCUUCCCGCCGUCGUCGAUAGCGUUGACACCCGUGAUGCCAACACCAUUCCCUUCUACGACCGAGUUGAUUCUUUACCCGUGAGUAACUUGGUUACUCACCUCUGCGAGCUGUUCUUUGUCCACCUGGGCUGUAGCUUCCCAUUCUUGCGGCGGGAGCGCUUUCUUCGCGACCUGAAAGAGAAGAAAAUUGACACCAUGCUGGUGGAUUCUGUGUGCGCGCUGUCUUCCCGGUUUUCACCUCACCCGCUACUGAGUCCACCUCAAGCGCCUACUAUCGAUGGCUCAGAACCCCAGUCGACUAUGAAGAAAUCUACCCGUGGUCAACCGUUCGCCAAUCGAGCAAUGAGUGCCUUGGUGGAAUCUCUCUCAUUCCCGACACUUUCGGUUGUCCAGGCGUGUUUAUUGCUUGCAUACGAUCAAUUCGGUUCCAACCAUGAUAGUGGUCUAUGGAUGUACUUGGGAAUAUCCAUUCGAAUGGCGCAAGAUCUCGGGAUGCAGAAGCUCCAAGGCUUAGAUUACAGUUACGGUCGAACCGGUGUGACGCCGAGCGCAGUUAUGACAGGGCACGCUUCGAAACUUAGAGAAGAUCAAUACGAUGAGCCUCCGAACGGGCCUGCCUCGACAAAAGAUUCGCAGGAGGUGGAAGAUCGACGUGCCUGGGAGCGUGAAAGAGUGGACACGUUCUGGAGCAUCUUUUUUCUGGACAGGGUGAUCUCUUCUGGCACAGGACGGCCUGUGACUUUGCGUGAUGAGGAUAUCGAACUCCGCUUUCCUUUACAAUCGGAGUCACAGCUUCCUAAUGGCUGGCCAGCACCUUUUCCACCGCUUAUCCGCAUUAUCCAUUUGUAUGGAAGGGUCACAGACCUUAUAAACAGCAUGCAGGAUGUCAACCAUGUGACAUCAGAUACGUUAAAAAGGCUGGCCGGAAUGGAAAGUGACUUGACAGGCAUUUACCAACGGUUGUCACCAAGACUCCACUUCAAUGCUGCGAAUUUCCAAGCAUAUGUAAAGGCUAAAGAAGGAACAAACUUUAUUCUCCUUCAUUUUUGGUUCCACACGGUUAUCGUACUCCUCCACCAACCCACUCUUUUAAAUUCCUUUGGUGGCACCAUUCAGCACCUUUACCCUAAUAGCCGUGACCUUUCGAUGUCGUCAGCCAAAACGAUAGCAGAUAUUCUGUCUUUUUCCGAGCUGGUGGAUGGCAAGAGCUUCAUCGGAAAUCCUUUCACCAGUCAACCGAUGUAUAUAGCCGCGUGCGCUUUUCUCAUGGAGAGUGCCCAUUAUUCCUCUCCGUCGUCACAGUCUGUCUCGCCUUCACACCAGCCACUUUUAGCCAAUCAAACCAGUGGGUUCUUUUUGCCGAGCGUGGAUUCGUCGUCCAACCUAUCGGACCGCAAGCCCGCUGCAAGAUAUAGCCUUCUUGCGUCCGCCGCUAGGGAGAACUAUCAGAGAUGCUACAAAGCCUUGAAGGCUCUCGAGAAUUAUUGGGAGGGUACAAAGUAUAUAUUGACGGUUUUAAACCAAAAGGCCAAGGGAAUAGUGGAUCCCUUACUAUAUACCGAAGAAGAGAUGGAGGGUACUACUGGAACCCCUUCAGCUCAGCCUGUUACAGGGUCCAACUGGCGGCAAUCACAUUUGCCCAAUUCCAUCAAUGCCGCAGGAGGACUAACAUCUGGUGCGUGUUCUCCAAAUGGGAGAGCCUCGCCGAGGAUGGAUCCCAGUCAAGCUAUCGGCUGGGCCCUCACCAACGCAGCGAACUCCUCGCAACCGAACCUCAGUCUCCUCUAUCAAAUGCCCGCUGCUCCUCCCGAGUCCGGCCCUGACAACAAAACGUACCCUUCUCAUUCUCAAUACAGUCAUAACUACAACAAUGUACCCGUCCAGUCAGGCAUUGGGCAGAGCUCGAGCUCCUUCGCGCGAGAUAUUGAACCCACAAAUACCUCGAGUGUCGCUCAUGAUUCCUUGGUUUCCUCUGGCCGGGUGGCAACUUCUGACGCAACUCUUCUCCUCGGCCUAAACUCCCAGUACCCUCAUCCUGUAUCACGCCCCUCGAAUUCACAACCGACGCGAAAUCUCCCGACCUCCUCUUCAACCCUAAACCCUCAAGUGUCGGCAUACAACUAUAUUUCACCGACGACGGAUGAUCGCCACGCUAGUGGUGGCCAUAUGGGGUCAAGACCUCCAGACCUCCACUCUGCCCUCAAUCCGCCAGCGGGCGGUGAUCUUCUUAUUGAAAGUCAAGAUGUCGACAUGUCCGCACUCCACCAACAGGACCAAUUUCCUUUCCCAAUCAGUGGACCACCUUGGCUAGAAUAUCUUCCGCCGGAUGUUCUGAACUACUUUAACACUGACCAGCAAAACUUUCCUCUCAUGAGCCCUGGUGAAGGUGCUCCGCCGCCUCAGUAA